AUGUUUGACACGAUUAUAAAGAAUGGCCGCAUUGUCACAGCAACCGAAGUGCUACCACUGGGCCUCGAAAUAGGUAUCAAAGACGGCACGAUAGAUUGCAUUGGUCGGACGCUACAAGCAGGUCAAAACACUCAGAUCGUCGAUGCUGAAGGCGCCUACAUUACUCCAGGCGGCGUCGACUCUCAUGUCCAUAUAGAACAAGACAACUCUCCCACAGGCGACACAUGGGAGACAGGCUCUCGCAGCGCCCUUGCAGGAGGCAACACCACCAUCAUUGCCUUUGCCAGCCAGAAGCGCCACGAGGACUCCCUCUACCCUGCCCUCGAAGCCUACCACAGGAAAGCUACGGGAAAUGCCUACUGUGACUAUGGCUUCCACGUCAUCCUCACCAACCCGACGCGGACCGUGCUCGAGGAGGAGCUGCCCUUGCUCGUCGGCCGCGAGGGCAUCACCUCGGUCAAGCUGUACAUGACCUACGAGCCCAUGAGGCUAGGCGACGCCGACCUGUUCAACGUCAUGAUGUGCGCGCGGUCCCUGGGCAUCACGACCAUGAUCCACGCCGAGAACAGCGACAUGAUCGCCGCCAUCACCGAGAGACUCGCCGCAGCGGGCAACACAGGCACCUUCUUCCACGCCGUCGCCCGCCCGCAGAUUGCCGAGACGGAGGCGACCUACCGCGCCAUCUCCCUGGCCGAGGUGACGGACGCACCCGUCCUGCUCGUGCACAUGUCGGCCCCGAGGGCGGUCCAGCACGUCGCCGACGCCCAGGCCCGCCUGCUGCCCAUCCACGCCGAGACGUGCCCGCACUACCUGUACCUCGUCAGCGAGAGCCUCCGCUCGGGCGAGAGGGACGUCGAGGGGUCCAAGAACAUCUGUGCGCCGCCCCUGCGGCACGACGAGAAGGACCUCGAGGAGAUCUGGCGGGGCGUGGCCAACGGGACCUUCACGGUGAUCAGUUCCGACCACGCGCCGGCCACGUUUGACCACGAGUGCGGCAAGAAAGGGCGGGCGAUGGAGACGGCGACGGUGGAUGCGCAUGGAGUGAUUCAUGCUGACUUUAGAAAGGUUCCCAACGGCCUGCCUGGGAUCGAGACGAGGCUGCCGCUGCUGUUUGAUAGGACCUUUGAUCCCUCUGCGUCUGCUCAUGGGCAGGGCUUUUUCGACGACAAGAUCCGCAUCUCCCUGCCGCGGUUUGUCGAGCUGACAGCAACGAAUCCUGCCAAGCUGUAUGGGCUUGGUGAUCGCAAGGGCAGCUUGAUGCCUGGGUUUGACGCCGACUUGGUCAUCUGGUACCCUGAGGAGACAAACACCUCGGUUGGCUCAUCGACGGAAUUAUCAUUCCCACACGUCGUCCUGCAGGAUGGCGAGAAGAGGGAGGCGGUGAGGUUUCGGAUCACGAACGAGGUUCUUCACCACAGGAUUGACUAUACGCCGUUCGAAGGCAUCGAGGUCCGCAACUGGCCUCGCCUGGUCUUUCUCAGGGGCAAACUUGUCUGGGAUAGAGAUGGUGCCGGACUCGUUGGUUCCAAGUCGGAGGGACAAUUUUUGAAGAGGGCUAAAUCCAGCAUCUUGACGGGACAGAUGGGAAGACGAGCUACUGGUAUGAUGGACGGCGAGUGGAAGUAUUGGAUAUAA